AUGGGUGUUCUUGAACGUAUAGCCGAUAUUGAAGCCGAAAUGGAAAAAACUCAAAAAAAUAAAGCAACAGCACGUCAUUUAGGUUUACUUAAAGCACAAUUAGCUAAAUUACGACGUGAAUUAAUUGAUCCAAAAGGUAGUGGUGGUGGUGGAAAAGGUGAAGGUUUUGAUGUUGCUAAAACUGGUGAUGCUCGUAUUGGUUUUGUUGGUUUUCCAUCAGUUGGAAAAAGUACAUUAUUAACAAAUUUAGCUGGUGUUUAUAGUGAAGUAGCAGCUUAUGAAUUUACUACACUUACAACAGUACCUGGUGUUAUACGAUAUAAAGGUGCAAAAAUUCAAUUACUUGAUUUACCCGGUAUUAUUGAAGGAGCUAAAGAUGGUAAAGGUCGUGGUAAACAAGUUAUUGCAGUUGCUCGAACAUGUAAUCUAAUAUUUAUUGUACUUGACGUACUUAAACCAUUAGGUCAUAAACGUUUAAUUGAAUAUGAACUUGAAGGUUUUGGUAUACGUUUAAAUAAAGAACCACCAAAUAUUUAUUUUAAACGUAAAGAUAAAGGUGGAUUAAAUUAUCAAGCAUUAGUACAACAAACAUCACUUGAUCUUGAAACAGUUAAAGCUAUACUUGGAGAAUAUAAAAUACAUAAUGCUGAUAUUAUUUUACGUUGUGAUGCAACUGAGGAUGAUAUUAUUGAUUUAAUUGAAGGCAAUCGUGUUUAUGUUCCAGCUAUAUAUAUUUUAAAUAAAAUUGAUCAAAUAUCAGUUGAAGAAUUAGAUAUUAUCUAUAAAGUACCUCAUUGUGUACCUAUAUCAGCUCAUCAUAAAUGGAAUUUUGAUGAUUUACUCGAAAAAAUGUGGGUAUAUUUAAAACUUGUAAGAAUUUAUACAAAACCAAAAGGUCAAUUACCAGAUUAUUCAGCACCUGUUGUACUUACACAAGGACGAAGUUCAGUUGAAGAUUUUUGUAAUAAAAUUCAUCGAGCUAUUUUACAAGAUUUUAAAUAUGCACUUGUUUGGGGUGCUUCUGUUAAACAUCUUCCACAAAAAGUUGGUAAAGAACAUGCACUUCUUGACGAAGAUGUCGUACAAAUUGUCAAAAAAACUGGUUAA